UGUACUAAAUUCAAAACAAUGCCAAUUGAGUCGCGAAUUACCAAAGUAAAACAAUUGAACCUUUGCACAAAUUGUUUGCGAUCAGGACAUGACGAGCAACGUUGCAGGCUGAGCUCAUGCCGGCUUUGCACACAAAGACACAACACCAUGUUACACAUGAAACAUGACAUACAUGCAAACAAUAAGCCUUCCACAUCCACACCUUCAAAUGACUGUGUGGCACAAUCAACACAAAAGGAGUGUACACAAGCACCACAGGCUACUAAUAGCAUUGCUUUAUGCUCCACUCUGGGUAGUUCGAGUAUACCCCUAGCUACAGCUGUCAUAAACGUCAGCGACUGCGAUGGCAACAUGCACAAAGUCAGAGCUCUCUUGGACAACGCAAGCAUAUCGAGUUUCAUAACGAAAGAUCUUCAGUCAAAGCUAAAAUUGCCUACCUAUUCUACUAAUAUGUCAGUCUCAGUUCUAGAAAAGAAAAGGUCACGCAUCACCGAACAUUGUGAUGUAGCCAUUAAAUCACGCACACAAGAUUACACAACAGACGUUACUUGUUUCGUUGUCCAAGAUAUCACUGACAUGAUUCCAUUCACUAAAAUAAACUGUGACUCAUUCACUAUUCCCCCUCACAUCCACCUAGCGGAUCCGAAUUUCCACGAGCCAUCCGAGGUGCAGAUGCUGCUGGGUGCACAACUCUUUUGGGAGUUGAUGACAUUCAAUCACAUAGCCCUGGGCAAGAAUAAACCCAUCUUAGUUGAAACAACACUCGGAUGGCUUGUCGUAGGUUCUAUACACACACAAAACUCUAAACAAAAGCAACCUUAUACAGUCCACUGCAAUCUAAUAAACAACAUUGAGCUUGACGCAAAACUAGACAAGUUCUUUGAACUAGAAUCGGUUCCAUCCACUCAACAAAUCCACAAUAAAGGUGAGAGUGAAUGUGAACGCAUAUUCACACAAACAACAACACGCCACCCAGAUGGUAAGUUUGUUGUCACAAUACCCCUAAAGGAAUCCCCUGAAUGUUUGGGCGAUUCAAAAACACAAGCAUUACUCAGAUUUCAAGCACUAGAGCGUAAAUUCAAGCGCAACCCAGAAUACAAACAAAAAUACAUUGAAUUCAUCGAAGAAUACCUAAGGUUAGGUCACAUGUCAGAAAACACUAACAUACAUACAAACGAAAUUUCAUAUUUUCUGCCUCACUUUGCAAUUUUGCGUGAGUCUAGUCUCACUUCACGCUUGCGCACUGUUUUUGACGGCUCUGCAGUUUCUAGCUCAGGAAAAUCGUUUAAUGACAUACAACUCGUUGGGCCGACUGUACAGGAUGACUUGCUGAGCAUAUUAAUUCGAUUCCGACAGCACAAGUUUGUAGUAACUUCAGAUGUCCAGAAAAUGUACAGACAAAUCUGAUGAACUGCUGUUCUCUGUAACUGACACUUUAAAACAAAAACCCAUAAACAAACGUAGUAUUUUAUCCACCAUUGCCACUAUUUUUGAUCCAUUAGGACUUAUAAACCCUUGUUUAUUGCCAGCCAAGAUAAUUCUACAGUCGUUGUGGGCUAAAAACAUUUCUUGGGAAAGCCAAUUACCCGACGAAAUAGAGAGCCAGUGGAACAAUUUUGCUAAACAAAUACCUGAAAUAGUCCAAAUUCGCAUCCCGCGGAGAAUAUUAUGUGAUUUUUACGUCAAGGUCGAAAUGCACGCUUUUAGCGAUGCUAGUAACAAAGCUUAUGCAUCAUGCAUAUAUAUACGCUCAAUUUCCAAUGCAGGAAAAGUAAAUGUUCACCUAAUACUAGCCAAAAGCAAAAUUGCUCCACUGAAACAGAAAUUAAGUACCCCACGAUUGGAAUUAUUAGGAGGCCUUUUGUCAACCCAACUAGCAAAAAAAGUGAAAAAUUCACUGCGCCUAACAAUUGACUCACAUCAUUUUUGGUCUGAUUCAACUAUAGUUUUGUGCUGGAUAAAAACAUGUAAACAUCAAUUAAAACAAUUCGUCCACAAUAGGGUCACAGAAAUAACUAACAACUCUAACCCCACUGAUUGGCACUAUGUACCCACAAACAUGAAUCCUGCCGACAUAGGCAGCCGGGGUCAGAGUGCAUCUAGCCUCAAGGAUUCAUCCUUGUGGUGGGAAGGACCGACCUUCCUCCACGAAACCGAAAUACAAUGGCCUACUCAGCCUCAAAACUUACCUUUGCACGAUUUGCCUGAAGUCAAAACACAUUGUCUUGUUUCAAUUAAAGAACAACGUGAGGAUAAUUUCACUUCUAAAUAUUCAAACUUUUGUAAACUGCAAAGAAUUAUAGCAUACAUGAAUAGAUUCGUUCAUAACUGUAGAAAUGAAACAAGUAAAAGCACUGGCCCAUUAAAAGUGUCUGAACUAAAUUUAGCUUUACAAAUGUUAUGUCACCAAGUGCAGGCUGACAAAUUCGCUGAGCAACUCUCGCGUUUGCAAAAGAAAUGCCCGCUCUCUCCUAAAGACACACUUUUGAAAUAUAACCCAUUCGUAGAUGAUUUUGGGAUUAUGCGAGUAGGCGGUAGACUUGUAAAUUCAUAUUACGAUUAUAACACAAAACACCCUAUUCUAUUACAUGCAUCACAUCACAUCACUAAAAUAUUGGUACACUACUACCAUCGAAUGUUGUUGCACACUGGACCGCAGCUGAUGCUAACAACAUUACGCCACAGGUAUUGGAUAAUUAACGGCCGUAACCUUUGCAGAAAAACCUCACAAAGCUGCAUUACAUGUUUAAGAUAUGCAGGGAAAACUCAUCAACCUAUUAUGGGAAACUUGCCACUGCAAAGGGUACAGUCUGAAUAUGUAUUUGCUAACACAUCUUGCGACUACGCUGGGCCGAUCCUGAUAGCGAGCAAAAAGGGUCGUGGUUGUCAAUUAAAAAAAUCAUACAUAGUGGUUUUUGUCUGCUUAGCAGUGAGGGCGGUACACUUGGAGCUCGUCACUGAUUUGACCGCAAUGGGCUUUAUUGCCGCUCUAAACAGAUUCAUAGCCCGCAGAGGCAAACCAGCCACCAUUUUGUCAGAUAAUGGUACUUGCUUCGUAGGGGCUUGCAACGAAUUAGCAAAGUUCCUCAAAAAUAAUUCUGAUGAAAUAACAUCAUAUUCAGCUGCUAAGGAAAUAGAAUUUAAAUUUUGUCCUGCUUAUAGCCCGCAUUUUAAUGGUUUGGCAGAGGGAGCCGUAAAGCAGGUAAAAUAUCAUUUAAAACGAGUUACCUCAAUGGCCCACUUAGAUUAUGAAGAAAUGGUAACAUUUUUGGUUCAAUGUGAAGCUUUGCUUAAUUCUAGACCUUUGACCCCAAUUUCAUCUGAUCCGUCAGAUCUCACUCCUCUCACCCCUGCGCAUUUUUUGAUAGGUCGAACUCUCACAAUGACACCUGCUCCCUUGGUGGAAGAUUCGCCGAUCCACACCCUUGCAAGAUACAAAAGAAUAGAAGCGCUCAAAGCGCAUUUUUGGAAUCGCUAUUAUAAAGAAUAUAUUUCAGAACUGCAGAUCCGAAACAAAUGGCGCAGGGACGGAGGCCAGCUGAAGCUCGGUGAGAUGGUCCUCAUCAAGGACGACCGCUUGCCGCCCAGCAGGUGGCUACUCGGACGAGUCGCCGCUGUCUACCCGGGCGACGACGGAGUCAGCCGCGUCGCUGACGUUACCACCACCACAGGGACGCUGAGACGAGCCUACAACCGGCUCUGCCCGCUCCCAUUCACUUUGGACCAGGACGGUCCAAGGGGGCCAGCUUGUUAACGCCCUACCACGACUCGCGGACCGGUUCCCCCGCCUCCAGCUCUCCCCGCGCGCCGCCCCCGCCGGCUGUCUCCACGCCGCGCACUGCGCCACGAUUCCUCCAACGGCACUCGGCAUAGGCGCGCGCGCACCGAUCUAUAUAAUUCUCAUUGUAAUUUAAUCGCUAAAGUUUGAUUAAAAUUGUUAAAAGUUAA